GAUUUAUGAUGGAGUGACUUGAACUCAGACUGACUCAACUGAGCUCUCUCUGCAGUCAGGCAACAGACUGAAGCGAUAGGACGAACAUUUUUCUUCAAGCAAUUGACACAAAGAUGGAAACGACAUCUGAUUAUGAUUAUGAUUAUGGUUACGGCGAUUACACACCGACCACACCAUGCAGCAGGGUUGAGGACAACACUCUGGGAGCGCAGCUAUCCAUUCUUUACUACAUCAUGUUUGCCUUCAGUCUCUUUGGCAAUGGGUUGGUCCUCAUCAUCAUCCAUCGGUUCGAGCAGCUGACCACUGUGACCAACAUCUUACUGCUGAACCUCGUGUUGUCCUCCCUGAUCUUCAUGAGCAGCCUUCCCUUCAUAGCAGUCUACAUGCAGCUCUCGAACUGGAUCUUCGGCGACGCUAUGUGCAAGAUUGUUGGCAGCGUCUACUUUCUGGGUUUUUACAGCUCUGUCCUUUUUCUAACUCUUCUCACCUUUGACCGACACCUUGCAGUUGUAUACUCAAUGGGUCCAUUACAAGUAAGGAAUCAAAGGUAUGCAGUAAUCUCCUGCACUGUGGUGUGGCUGGUCAGUGGUUUGGCAUGCAUCACACCGAUGAUUAGUCAUUUCACUUUUUUUUCUCAUCUUGAAAACAAAACCUUGUGUCAAGAGUAUCCCCAAGAGAUUCCUAAUAUUAAUGUGGACCUGCUGAGAAGAGCUGGGUUUUACCUUCAGCUUUUCCUUUUCUUUAUCUUCCCACUGGUUGUUAUUGUCUACUGCUAUGUGAGGAUUGCAAUCACUGUUCUGUCAUCCAAGAUUGUGACAAAGUUCAAGACAGUCAGGCUGAUAUUCAUAAUUGUGCUGUUGUUUUUCAUGUGCUGGACCCCUUUUAACAUUGUAUUACUGAUGGAUGAUGAACCAACAAACUGUGAGGAACAGCGCAAACGGGGUUAUGCUCUUCAAAUCACUCGUAACAUUGCCUACAUUUACUUUUGCAUCAGUCCCAUCUUCUACACAUUUGUUGGAAAGAAAUUCCAGAACUACUUCAGACGGCUGCUGGUGAAACACUUCCCAAUAUUAAGGAGGCACGUGUCUGUCAGUCACAACAGCAGGAGCAACCUGUCCACAAAAAGUACACAAAAUGAGUUUUAGAGAUGUUACGCAUCAGCUGUUUGUAAAGGUUUUUACUAACAUCUGAAAGGAAGGCAUGAGUUUGCUUUCCUUUUCUGGAGUCAAGGUGGAGAUCAGUAAAGUUUGAUUGGGUGCACAAUUUAGCUCAUACUAUACCUAAAUUGCAAAAUCCUUAUCAUCAAAUUAAUGUGAUAUAUGAUGAUCCAGUGUCCCUGUGGUUUGGGUCAACACUCCAAGAAGUUAAUACUAAUUAGUCUGCUGUCAGAUUUAUGUUCAUCAGACGAACCUCAACAUCGUAAUUAUUUCAGUCACAAUCUGCAAAACAAAUCAUAUUUGACCAAUAUGUAGUCUUAAGUGUUGCAAUACCAAACAGAUAUUCCUGAGAUUUCACAUA